AUGUCAGCUGCACCGUCUCCUCCACAUGACUUCGAGCCUGGACUUAAGCCCGAUUAUGUCCCUGUUAAUCAGCCUGUUGAUGCACCCGCUGAUCCUGAGCCGAUACCUGCACCUAAGCCUUUACCUGAUCAUGACCCUAUUCCAUUUAGCUUACCUGACAUUGCACCUCUCAUACUUGAUCCAGCUCCUGCACCCGCUGACCCUCCUGUUAUUGAGCCUGUCACUCCUCCACUCGCACCCGCACCUACUGGUCUUGCUCCUUUUCACCCAGUGGAGUCUGAUGUUCACCGUGUUGAACUCCCUAUGGUUUUCUUGCAGGAUAUACCCGCAGCCCGUCCAGGGGAAGGCACUUCUAUCCAGCAGCCUAGCCAUGACCCUCAUGUUUCAGCAGCUUAUCCACACGUACCUCAGUCUUCACCUUCUGAUCAUUUUACUUCUUCGCCACUUGAUGAGCCACUCAGAUGGUUCCCACCUUACACCAUGCCGAUUUCUGAUCCCUACAAUCCCUCGCACUUUACUGGUUAUAUACGGGAUGAGUUACUCCUAUCCUUGCAGCUUCAGUAUGAGAUCAUGAGUCGUAGGGUUUUAGAGCUUGAGAUGACACCGCGACCUUUGCCACGUCCGUGUCAGCCUACUUUUGUUCCCCCUCGUUCAUCACCUUCCCCAUUUUCACAUCCUCCUGCACCGCUUACUCCAUUUCGAGAGUUUGAUACUCGAUUUCUUACCGUUGAGCAGCAGAUCAGUUAUCUAUUGCGUCAUGUUUAUGAUCUUGAGGAGGAGCUUGCGUAA